AUGUCUGAACAAAUAGCCAUACUAUUAGGUUUCUCGCUUUUGGUUUUGAAAGGAGAAGCAGAGAUGACAGUAUUGGAUACUGGGAUUUUUAGGGAGAGGAACAAAUGGUCUAGCCAUUUGAGGUUUACUGAUCUCUUUUCCUUUGGAAGGAGUGUUAGGUCUGAAGGGCUUCAUUUUUUUCCUAUUCCUGAUGUAAAACGAACAAGCUGUUCAGGGGAUUCUAUGGUAAUCCUUUGUUUAAGAAUUCCUUCGUAUCACACUAUCCUUAAAUGGAUCAGAUAUCCCAUUCCAAAGAAAAGGGAUCUCUUGAAAAGAACUUACAAAGCUAAUGUUUACAGUAAGUUCGAUAUGAAAUCUGGUUUCUGGCAAAUUCAAGUAGCCGAGAAAGACAGAUACAAAACAACUUUCAACAUUCCCUUCGGGCAAUACGAAUGGAAUGUAAUGCCAUUUGGGCUCAAGAAUGCCUCUUCUGAGUUCCAGAAUAUUAUGAACUCAAUCUUUAAUGACUAUAGUCAUAUGUCUAUUGUUUAUAUUGAUGAUGUUCUUAUUUUCUCCUAA